AUUAUUUUCUCAUUUAAUUCUCAUAAAAAUAAACAAACGUGAGUUAAAUAUUAUAAAGUAAGUGAAUCGUGGUGCUAUAAAUAAAUUUUAUGUGAUUACAUUUGUGUUAAAGUGCAUAUUCAUACGAAACAACGUCAAAAGUAAAACAUAUCAAACAGCAACAUAUUGAUGAUAAUAAUAUAUUCCACAGUACAAUGGCAGCAGUACAAAACUUAGAUAACCAACGGACUAUAAACAUGCCAGAUAACAGGAAAGAGCGAGACGCAAUGAACAAUGAGAUAUCGUCUACAUCGAGCGACGAGACCCAAAACACAGCGUCCAUCGUCAAAUAUAAUAUCUACAAGAAGAGAUACAAAGAUUGCGCGUCUGACAACGAAACGGAUGGUCCCAGGAACAGGGCAAUCAUGCAACGCAAUCACUACAAAUCCAUGGGCAAUCUAAACGAUUCGUAUCGUCGAGAUUUUAGGAACAGUGUGAACAGCAUCAGUAACGUCGAUUUAAGCCUACACAGUGAUAAUAUUAAGAAGUUUGAAUCACUGCAAAUACCAAUAGUUGGGUACGAAGUUAUGGAAGAAAGAGCAAGGUUCACAAUAUACAAGUUGAAAGUAGAAGACGAUAAGCGGGACCAGUCCUGGCUUGUCUUUCGGAGAUACACAGAUUUUGUUCGAUUAUACAAUAGGAUAAAGAGCGAACAGCCGAAUCUGAUUCUCCCGUUGCCAGGGAAACGGUGGUUCAGGGAUAACUUCGAACCAGCGUUCUUAGAAGAACGAGUGCGCGGGUUACAAGUGUUCGUGAACGCGAUAUUGAAUAAGCUACCCAAUCACCCUGUCGUUAGGGAGUUCUUUUGCUUGGACGAACCGCCUCAAGUGUUCACGUACCAGCCAGAAGUACAAGCGGUGUAUGGGGCUCUAGAAGAUUCUAUUACCACGUUGAAAAUGCAGUUGAAGCAAAAGGACGCGACGAUCAUGCAUUUACAAACACGCCUGUCUCAGAUUGAGGAUAAAGUUAAAAACUGUCCGAAAUGUUCUAAUCAAUGAUAGUAUAAGUAAAUGGGUGUAGAUAGGUUUUUUAAAGCAUAGAAAAAUUCGAUUACGAAACAUGCGAAUAUUAUAAAACAUUUGAAUAAUGACUAAAUAUCAAAUUCAGAUAUAGAUAGGAAGCCAACAUAACGUCGCUAUAUAGAUCGUCUAGCGCCAUCACGUUCCCACACAGGGAAUAACACUUAUAUAAAACAUCAUGGUAACCCUCCAGUUGUCUCUUUUUCGCUGAAGAUAGUUGAAUCAUGGCAUCUCACUUUGACGUCUAAUCGUGUGUGUGUUAAGUAUUUGUGCCUAUUCAUACCAGAGCGGUAUCCGCUACCGCCGGCCGUGGAUAGCGAUAUCCCGAAUCCCGAUGGCACGCGAUUAAAUGUUUUACAUAGUAUAUUAUAGAGACUAAUCGCAUACCAAUGGGUAUACUGAUACCCAUGGCGGUAGCGGAUACCGCUCUGGUUUGAAUAGGCCUUAACGGACACACGAUUAGACGUCAAAGUGACAUGAGUCAACUAUCGUGAACAAAAAAGGGACAACUGGGGGGUUACCAUGAUGUCUUAGCAGUUUUUUUCCAGUUUGGGAACGUGAUGGCGCUAGACAAUCUAUAUAGUGUUGUCAUUUUUCUGUAUGAAGUCAAUACUGGCUAAUUAGCCACGUUGUGUAGUGUUUUAGCCUAUCAACACCUUUCUACGUAUAAUAUGAUUGGUUGUAAUGUACAAAUGUAGUGAUAUUAAUGUUAUAUUAUGAAAGCAUUUAUUUUUUUAUUUGUGUUGUGUUGUGGGGUAGGGUGUGAACAAAGAAAAAAUAUUUUCUUUCCUUAUUUAAAAGAUAUUAGAGAGUUAAUAAAAUCGGUCAAAUUUUAACAUGAUUACACCGAUUGCAGUUUAUUUACGUUUUGAAGGUAGUUGAAUAUUAGUUUUGUUGAACUACCCUCAUUUAAUUUCAAUUUUAAACCUUUUCAUGUACAGAUUCGUAAUGAAUAUUAAAUUAAAUAAUUAUCUAUGUAUAUAACAAUGUACAAAUAAUAGUUUUUUAAGAUCUAAUAAAACAAAUAAAUAAACAAAAAUAUAGGUAAA